AUGAGCAAGUUCAUUAAUGACACCAAGAAUUUCGAGCUCGCAGCUCCACGCACUCGGGAAGACAUGUCAGCCCAGUUUGACAAAACGGACGACGACAAGGUCUCGGUUGAGCAGGCCUUCCCCAUCAGUUCACGAACCGACAGGAUGGCGGUCGACAAAAACUUUGACGAAAUCUCCAGCGGUGGUGCCGGCGACUUUAGAAAGGACAGCAAGGACAGGCCGCCAGAAUCACAAUCAGCAACCGACCGGCUCGCCACUUGGUCUCUGAAUCCUGACCUAAAGCAGGAGUCGCCUGUCAUCAAGAUGCACCCAGACGAUUUUCUUGGAGGCAGGGACCCCAUCCAGGACAGUGACAGACGCACCCGUGUUGAUGUGCAAGAUUUCGAAGACAAUGGCAAAUAUCGCUCGGUUGUCAAGAUCCAAAGUCUUUGGCGUUACAAUGGUACGGAAAUCUGGACUAUGGGAACCGGUUGGCUGAUCCGCGACGACCUCGUCGUCACUGCCGGCCAUAACGUUUACAGCGAUACCUAUGGGGGCCAGGCUCUUCGAAUCAAGUGCUGGAUCGGCUACCGCGGGAGGGACCUUGCCAACGACCCGAGAGUGCAGCACCGCAACGCGAUGAACAUUGUGACCACCGAGGCUUGGCGCUCGCAGAGCGCUGAUCGCAAGCGCCACGACGUGGCCAUGAUCCAGGUGGACGCGCCGUUCAUGGGCAAUCUGAGGCUUUUCAACUAUAUCAACACGCCGAGCCCGCAGAUAUCAGGCUCCAUCGUCCUCGUCGGGUAUUCUGGCGACAAGUCUCCGGAGAGAAACGAAGAAGACAUUGGCGGCUGGAUGUACGAAGGGCGGUGUCCAGCCAGGUAUGAUCUUGCCGAGUCCAGCCACAUGAUUGAGCACAAAGUCGACACAUACGGAGGCCAAUCGGGAGCACCCAUCCUGCUCAGCGACUACAAGGGCAUGGUGGCCAUUGGCACUCACUGCUACAACGGAUCUAAUGGCAGUUUCAGCUCUGGCAACCCCAUCGGCGGGCAAUACGGCAACAACUACGACGAGUUUGUCAAGCGCUUCAGGCCGAGCACAAAGAAGACGAUCCCCCUAGGCGACUUCACGCCAAAAGUAGACCCCCCCAAAUCGGAUUUCGCUUACUAUAAAGGCGGAAACCCCACAGACGACAAGGAAGACGACUUCUACCAUACCGAAUACCUCGUUCUGCACGUCGGCCUCGAAGAACCAUGGGAAGUGGGAACGCUGCGUGGACCUAUCGGAACGCUGUGUGGACCUAUCGGAACGCUUCUGGGCGUCAUUACCGGCGGCAUCAUCGGAGUCCUUGCUAAAUCUGUUGUGCUCAAACAACAGGAAGUGUCGUUUAGCGUUCCCAACCCAGCCAUGGUGGAUGCCUGCUUUCAGCGCGCGCAGCUCGCCGAGGCCGCCCUCCAGUGCACGUUCCGCGUUUACAAUGGGCAUGGAUACCACUCUUGGAUGGCUAGCUUGUGGAAUACGCACCAUCUCAAAAGCAUCACCAACUCAAAGUUCCGGGCCCUAGUUACGCCCAUCAUCAACGACUUUGGCCUCCGACUCGCCGCUGACCAUUGGCAGAAGCGCAUGGACCCGAACCCGGCAACCAGGCACGUCAAGGCAGGUAAUAAUAGCGGCGAUGACUUGAAGCUGACCAAGACCGAGGCGUAUGACCCGAGCAAGAAAGUCUUUGUCGAAGCCUUCUUUGAAGGGCGCACCCGGCGCGUAGACGGUUACGAAAAAGAGAGCGCCGAGACCCUGGCCAGUUGGCUUUCAAUGCUGUUUGAUGGGGCCGUCAAUUCCGCCCAUCCCAUUGCAAGCGCUGCCACCGAGACGGCCAUUGACCAUAUCGUUAAAUUGAUCGGGGGCAUUCCGAGGGUCAGGUCGAUACCCGCAGACGCGCAGGAUGCCGAUAUAGAUAUACUAUUGAAGCGCGCUGUGAUAGCUGACGUUGCUCUGCAGGACCUGGAGGGUGAACCAAAGUGGAACCUCGAGCAUAUGAUAUUCCUAGAGUCAUUCGGUGGUUUAGAGGGGGGCACCAUCAUGGACGGUAUCAAGGUCGUGAUACAGCAGGGGGGGCCGGAUCUCGUUGAUAUUGCCCAGAAAGUCGUGGCCAAGCACCUGCCCGGCAUCAUCAAGCGAUUCAAGAACGGAAAAAGGAACCCUCACUACACUGUGAGUGGAGGGUAUGACGAUGACGAUGCGGUGCCGGGGCCGGAAGGAGUAAAGAAGAGCGAUGCUGAUGGGUAUGUUGACGAGAACCCGGAUGCGCCACCGAUUGAGCGUUUCUCGCCUGCAGAGCGAGAUGAGGAUACGCCGCCGAUUGAGCAUUUCUCGCCUGUAGAGCCAAAGUAG